AUGCAUCGUGGCCUGGAUGUUUGGCUGGGUAUACAAAGUUCAGUAGCGCCAAUUAAUCCUAGUGCCGAAAGGAAUACGAGCAGACAAAUACUAUUAGCCAAAAGACAUCAGAGACCCACAGAUAUCGCGAAAAACAUCCCAGUUAGGUUUUCGGUCAAUGGGAACGGGAGGCAUCCAAUGGCCUCUACAACCAUAUUGUGUUUUUAUAUGAUUAAGGCUGAUGAACAAAUACGGGGUAGGAAAAGGUCUCACGACGAGAUAUGUGUUGUCGGAAAUGGCAAUGUCUGUAACUCUGUAGAAGAAUUCUAG